AUCCUUUCAAGCUAUUUAAUGCUCAACAGUGAAACAGAGGCUGAAACAUUGAUCGACGCACUGCGCCACUGCGAGACUGCUUGGCUUUUCACAGGAUCUGACUUCAAAACGCUAAUUUUUCCAGUGAUGGUAUUUGCAACCGUUGUAUCUCCUCGCCAUGACCCGCUAGCCCUGGCAUGCACUGUGUGCUGGCUCUGGUUCCAUCUCUUCCAAUUCAACGUUUCUAACCAAUCAUACUCUGCUGAUGAAGAGAUCGUGAAUAAACCAUGGCGUCCUUUACUGUCUGGGCGCAUUGGCGUCGAGGAUUCUCGUACCUUGCGCUGGGCACUCCUGGUUUUCUGUUUGGGCCUUUCAUCCAUUUUCAGCAUAAAUGUGCUCAUAACUAGUGGCGUGUCCACCGUGCUAAUGAUCCUUCACGACGAUCUUUAUCUUGGUCACCAUCCCAUUUUCAGAAAUUUAUGCAAUGUAGCGGCUCAUGUGACUGCCGGGGUUGGUUCUGGAGAACCUUCACUUGACGGAACGAGCAUAAAAGCGUUCUCAUGUAGCGCGCUCGUCAUCCUUCUGACAAUUCAUGCGCAGGAUUUCGCCGACGUCAGUGGCGAUCGGAAGUCGGGCGACGAACUCUGCCGAUUGUAG